AUGGAGCCUCCGAAACGGCCGGAAUACGCUUGCAGUAAUCAUGACAAUUUGAGCGCACAAAGCCCAGCGAAACGCCGUCGAACAUCGUUGGCUUGCCAUGCAUGCCGCACCCGAAAAUCAAAGUGCGAUGGGUCUCGCCCUCAGUGUUCUGCGUGCACCCAUUUGGGCCUGGAAUGCAUCUACACCCCAUCAAACACAUCGACCAACGUCAUUGUUAAGAAAGACUAUCUGCAGAGUUUAGAGUCCCGGAUCAUUACGCUGGAAGAGAGUUUGCACACCGUCAAGGAUCACAUGUCCCAACUAUCUCAUCAGGUCUAUAGCGGCAUUGGCGUCAAUAACAGGCCCGAUGCAGUACCAGAACAAGCUCAGAUUGCAGCCUUGACCAACAUUGCGGACAUUGAGGAUUCGGUGGAUGCGAUGGGCAAUGUGGUUUUUGCGGAUGAAGAAGACUGCGGGUUUUUUGGCCCAUCAUCAAAUAUUGCCUUUUUACGUCAUUUGUCUCGUGCAGUAUCAUAUAACGCCAGCUCCCCAAUAGUGGCCAGUGGUUCCCCCUCUAUUGGAAAGGCCUCAUUGGAUGGCGGCUUUGUCAAUGCAUCUCGCCCUCCGUCGCCCGGACUAAGCGUUAUUGAUCUGACAUCUCGGGAACAGAAAGAAACGGACAUAUUUGCCCUUCCACCUCCCCAAGAAACUUCUCGGCUUGUGCAUAAAUACUUCACCGAUACAGGCCUACUUUUCCCCUACAUUUACCCUCCUUCUUUCCUUGAAACAUAUCGAAGUAUGACUGAAAACAGUUGCAAGGUCCGAAGAACUUGGCUUGGGCUUCUCAACAUGAUGCUUGCGAUGGCCAAUAUCACCGCUACCCCUAAUGGGGAGCCAGCAAAGCAGCGCAUUGCCGCCGCCGAUGUGUUCUACAAGCGAGCUUUGAACUUAUGUGGCAACGAGAUGUUGCGGGGAACUACCCUGGAAGUGGUGCAAUAUCUGUUGCUCAUGGGUCAAUACAUGCAGGGCACUCAGAAAUCGGUCCAGGCGUGGACUGUUCAUGGAUUGGCUGUAAAAGCCGCUCUUCAGCUCGGGCUACAUUCUAAAGAUGCUUCAAGAGUCUUCCCGCCACAGGAGAAAGAAAUCCGUAAGCGGACUUGGUUUGGGUGUGUGGUAUUAGACAGCUCGUUCCCUGUCUUACAAACGCUCUUUACCAGGACUUUGAGUAUGACGCUAGGACGGCCUCCGGCAAUACCUGACAAUUUUGUCAGGCUUGACCUUCCAACAAACCACAUCAGUGAUCAUGGCGAUAGCCCUACGCAUAUGCCGUUCGUGGAUAGCACAACCUUUCAAAUGAGCGUGGACUUUUUCAACUGCACAAUUCUGCUAUAUAAGCAGCUCUUCGUCACUGUUGACCUACUUUAUGGUCAGAACCUCGGCUGUGAUCCACCACACACAGUCAGUCAAAGCGUUGGACAUAUCCUUACAGUCGAACAGCAAUUUGUUGCCUGGGAAAGAUCACUCCCCAAAAAUAUUAACGUUGUAACAGUAAAAAGAAUUCGUGAAGGAGAUGGCGAUAUGCCCGAUCCGCCGCAGUUCCACUCUUUGAAGUUCAGUGUCAUCAUCACACUUCGAUAUCUCCAUCUCCGUAUUCUCCUACAUCGGCCCAUUCUUGUGAAGUUUAUUGAUGCUUGCAGGAAAGGAGGCAUUGAUGCUCAUGAAGAAAGCUUAUUACAGCAAAUCGGAUCUAACAGCUUGCAAAUCUGCAUGGAAUGUGCCAUGAGUAUUAUCGAUAUCAUUCACGAAGUAGUGCACUCAUCAGGGUGGCAAAAAGGUCUCCUUGGUGCAUGGUGGUUUUCUUUACAUUACAUUCUUCUUGGAACGAUUUGGGUUGUCAGAGAUGGCUCGCCUGCCAGGAUUUCCCUGUCUCAUGAUAUUGAUAAACUUAAUAUCUAUCCCAGCCAAGCCGUGGCGACACUUUACAAAUUAGAUUGUGGUAAUCACAUCGUGGACCGGUGCCGACAUUAUCUUGAGCAGUUCAACGAUGCGGUGAACCCUAGAGCAGGGGAAGCAGUUCUGGCCAAUGUUGGGAUCAGCAGUUACCCCAUGGACAGCUCUGGGUCUAACGCAAAUACUUCGCCUCUCGGCCUGGAUCUUGGCGAAUUUAUGAUGGAUGGGGAUCUUUGGACUUUACUGAAUCGGCCAGAAUCUCUACCAAGCGAGUGA